AUGCAGCUUGCUCUUGGUACAGCAAACUGGCUCCUUGGGAAGGUGCUAAACAAGCUGUCCAGUAAUUUAGUGGAAGCAUGGGUCGCAAUCUCUGAGCUCAGUAGCAACAUGGAAGCUAUCAAAAGAAAGCUGUGGUACACACAUGGCAUGCUGCAUGAAGCCCAGAAGAGAGAUGUGAGGGACAACCAGGGCUUGCUAGUGCUCCUGCACCAGCUAAGCAACACAGCUGAUCAGGCAGAGGAUAUGCUGGAUGAACUGGACUAUUUCCUCAUCCAGGAUAAGCUAUAUAACACCCAGGAGGCUGCUGCAGAGGUUCAUGGUGUCAUCGUUGGUCCUGCUCUUCAUGCUCGCCAUGUUAGUCGCCAUUUUAUUGGCAAAUGGUUCUCAUGCUGCUCGUGUUCACAUGAACCUGAACAUACUCAUGGUGAUGAUCCCAUUGGUGAUGAUGAUGUAGACAUCAUUAAAAGCCCACCAAGGCCUGUUUUCAAUAGAGUGAACAUGUCCAACAGAAUAAAGAUGUUGGUAGAGCGCAUGCAAGAUCUAUGUGAUCCUGUCUUGCCUCUGUUAAAUCUAAACAUCUCCAGCCUUGCGCAUGACAGCACAGCUGCUCUGAGACGACCUGUUACCACCUCAAUGUGUACAGAGGUCAAGCUGUUUUGGAGGAGGACCUUGCUCAAUAAAAUUACAAAUGACAUGACUACUGGUGAAUAUCAUCUCGAAAGACUCUCGGUUCUUCCUAUAGUGGGCCCUCCUGGCAUUGGAAAGACAACGUUGAUUCAGACUUUAUGCAAUGACCCAACAAUACAAGAACACUUCUCCAUCAUAAUUUGGAUUAGUGUGUCACUUAAUUUUAGUGUGCACAGGCUCUCUCAGGAAAUUUUCAGGUGCAUACCUCCCACUGAAAGUGAUGGCAGAAGCAGAGCACAGGAACCAACAAAUUUGGAUCAACUUCAAAAAUUAAUUGAAAAAAGAUUGAAGUCAAAAAGGUUUUUAGUCGUCUUGGAUGAUAUGUGGACAUGCAAAAGUGAGCUUGAUUGGAGAACAUUAUUAGCUCCAUUGACAAGGGCGGAAUUGGACGGCAACAUGAUUAUAGUUACAACAAGAUUCCAAAGUAUAGCAGAGUUGGUAAAAACUACCAAUCCAGUAACUCUGGCUGGCUUGGAGCCUAAAGAAUUCUGGAAGUUCUUUCUUGCAUGCAUAUUUGAUGACUACAGAACAGAGCAAGACGAGGGUUUACUUCAAAUUGGAAGAAAAAUUGUAGAGAAACUGAAAUGCUCUCCUCUUGCUGCCAUAACUGUUGGUCGAUUGUUGAAGAAGGAUCUCACACAACUGCACUGGAUUAGAGUUCUUGAAAGAAAAGAGUGGGAAUAUCAGAAGGGUGACGAUGACAUCAUGCCAGCAUUGAGGAUAAGCUACUACUAUCUUCCUUUUCAUCUAAAAAAGUGUUUUGAAUUUUGUGCUCUUUUCCCUGAGGAUUAUGAGUUUGAUGGUUUAGAGCUGAUUAAUAUGUGGAUGGUUCUAGGAAUGAUUGAUUCAAAUGGUACAAACACUAGUAUUGAACAAGUAGGGCUGGAAUAUCUGAACACAUUAGUGGAUAGUGGCAUCUUCAGUAAAGUUAAUAAAGAAUCAUAUUCAUACUAUGCCGUGCAUGGUUUGUUCCACGAAUUAGCAACAUGCAUUUCAUCACAUGAAUGCAUUCAAAUAGAUUGCUCCAAUGUUAGAUGUGAAGGCAUCCAAUCAGCAGUCCGUCAUAUAUCUUUCAUCGCUCAAGAUAGCAACACAUACAGUGAGGGAUCAGAGUUUUAUGAAAACAUUAGGAAGGAAAUAGGUAAACUGAAACAAACAGUAGAUGUUGGAAAUUUACGUACUUUGUUGUUUAUUGGAAAAUUUAAUGCUAUCUUUGAUAAAUUUUUUGAAGACAUUUCUCAAGAAUUGAGAGCACUGCGUGUUCUAAGCUUAGUUACAUUACCUUCAAACUUCUUACUGCAUAGGCUUUCAAAACUCAUCCACCUUCGUUAUCUUAAAAUCCAAGUACCAUUUGGUUCAGUCAUUUCUUUGCCUAACACAGUCACAAGAUGUUAUCACUUGGAGUUCUUGGAUCUGAAGGGGUGGGGUCCUGAUUCUAGUUUACCUAGAGACAUGAGCCAUCUUAUCAAUUUGCGUCAUCUUCUUGCUAACAAAGAUCUGCACUGCAAAAUUGCUGAGGUCGGUAAACUGAAAUUUUUACAAGAGUUGAGAAAAUUCGAAGUUAGAAAAGAUGUAACUGGAUUUGAGUUACAUGAGUUGUCAGAGCUGACAGAGCUCACAGGGUCACUAAACAUAUGCAAUCUUGAAAAUGUCAAAACAAAGGGAGAUGCUGAUACAGCUAAACUAAUUUUGAAAGGGAAGCUUGAUAAGUUGAAACUAGUCUGGAACAGUCAGUGGCCUAACAGGGAUCCAACAGUGGAAGAUGUUCUUGAGAGUCUUAGGCCACAUCCGAAUCUUAGAGAGCUGUGCAUUAAAGAUCAUGGAGGAUCAACAUGUCCAUAUUGGUUGCGUACUCAGAGAUCCAUUAAAAUGUUGAAACCCCUCCAUCUACAUGGAGCAGGUGCUCUGCAUUUGUUUCAUCAGCUUAAAAAACUUGCUAUUUCAAAUUGCCCAAAACUUAGUGAACUGCCAUUCUCACAUUGCAUUACCUCCUCUACAGAAGAUUCUAACAUGACUUGGUUUCCCAAGUUGUGUGAGCUUGUGAUAGAGGCCUGCCCACAGUUGUCUCUACCUCCCCUUCCACAUACUUCUACAAUAGAUCUUGUUAGAGUCAAAACUACAAAUGGCUACUUCUCUUAUAAUAGGAAUGAGUUGGUGAUUGAUGCAUACAAUGGAGCUCUGUCAUUCCACAGUAUGCAUAAACUAGAAGAGCUAUAUGUUUGCAAGACCUCACUUUCAUUGACAGGUCUCCAAAAUCUAACUUCCUUGAGGAAAUUGGAUAUAAAGUAUUGUAGCAGUGUGCUAUGUGAUUCUAAUCUGGGGGGAGCUAUUUCCGUUCCUGUUAAAUCACUCAUGAUUUAUGACUGUUCUAUCACAGGAAAGGAACUGUCAAAGCUUCUCAACUGUCUCACCGAUCUUUCCUACUUGGAGAUAUCUGAUUGUCCAAAUAUAACAAGAUUGUGCAACACAAAUGAUAUGGACAAGGAGGAUGGGAAUGAAGAAGGAUUGCUCUUAUUCCCGCCUCAUCUUUCCAUCUCACUGCGAAAGUUAGAGAUCUGCAACUGCAGGAAGUUGUUUCUGGAUCCAAAGGAUGGAGGACUAAGGUACCUCACAUCCCUUGAAUCAUUACAAAUGCAGGGAUGUGACAGCUUAUUGUCAAGGUGGUUCGUGGAAGAAGCAACUUUCCAGUGUCCUUUUCCUAUAUUCCUCAAAGACCUCGUUCUUAGAAAUGUACAGAGCUUGAAGACAAUGGCUAUGCUCUCAAAUCUCAGAUGCCUUACCCAUCUGGAAAUAGUUGACUGCGAUAAUUUGAAUGUUGACGGGUUUGAUCCUCUCAUCACUCAAUGCCUCACUAAACUAGUUGUUGUCAACCGUCAUGAUGAGUAUUCUAAAGUAACAGCUGAGCUGAUCUCAGGAGUAGCAAGGACAAAGUUGAAUGGUUCAUUCAAACUGGAAGACCUGAGAAUUGACAACAUUUCUGAACUUCUUGUCUAUCCCAUUUGCGACCACCUCUCUAUCAACCUCCACACAUUAUGUUUUCAAUAUGAUAACCGGAUGCAGAGGUUCACAGAAGAGCAAGAGCAAGCACUUCAGCUACUUACCAACAUCCAAAAUCUCUAUUUUAAGAGCUGCCGGAGUCUGCAGUCCCUGCCUGCAGGGUUAUAUCGCCUUUAUUCCCUUAAGUGUCUAAUAUCAAGGAAGUUACUGCUGGUGUUUGGGUUGCAAGCGAGAAAUAGUGUGGUGGAAUUGGUAUGUUGCCUACUUUAUUACUAUUUGUUUCUGCUGAUCCUUGUUCCUGAUAGUGAUAGCCAAGGAAGUGAAGAGAAAUGGAAGGUGAACAAUCCAAACAUUGAGAAAUUUGUGAGACAGAGCCACGACAGUUCCUUGCAAUUCAGUUCAUGUGAAUCUAAAAUCAGAAAAGCUAAGCAGAACCUCCUUAAAGAGUUCCAGAUUCUUGAUGUUUUUGAAGAAACCUGCCAGUGGAGUGAGGGUGAGAGGAAGAGAAUGCUGGAUAUCAUGGUAGUUGCUAAUCAAAGAAAUAGAAAGAAGAGAGGAUUCAGGGCUUGA